AUGGACGCAAAUGAGACCACAGGAUCUACAGCAGGCAAUAGCAAAGAUAAAGAGACUGUGAAGGUGGUGGUGCGAUGUCGACCACUUUUUGGCAAGGAACUCGUCGAAGGCAGAAAGUCGAUUGUAACUUUGGAUCAAGCGGCAGCCUUAAUUUCGCUCAAAUGCCCCGAUAAUGGCCAGAUCAAGUCCUUCACGUUCGAUUCGGUUUACGAUGAAAACACUUCACAGCGGCAAUUCUACGAUGAGUCUGGGUACCCGUUAGUAGAAUCAAUCUUCGACGGCUAUAAUGGCACAAUAUUCGCGUACGGACAAACAGGUUGUGGCAAGACCCAUACCAUGCAGGGAAAGGAUUCCCCUCCAGAACUACGUGGUGUCAUUCCACUAUCUUUCGAUCAUAUUUUCGAUACCAUCAAUGCAGAUACAACGAGGGAGUAUAUGGUUCGAGCGUCGUAUCUUGAAAUCUACAACGAAGACAUUCGCGAUUUGCUCAAUGAUGACGCCAAGAAGAAAUUGGACUUGAAAGAGUCGGCAGAUGGAAUUGUAUACGUAAAAGAUCUUACCGAAAUUGUCGUAAGGGAUGUAGAGUCGAUGAACAAUGUCAUGAGUCGAGGAUUUAAGAACCGGACUGUUGGAGCUACGCUCAUGAAUGAAGGCUCGUCCCGAUCUCACUCCAUUUUCACAGUAGUAGUGGAGACAAGCGAAACGAUCGGAGGGCAAGAUCACUUCAAAGCUGGCAAGUUGAAUUUGGUCGAUCUAGCAGGAAGUGAACGUCAAAGUAAAACGGGGGCUACGGGCAAUCGCCUUAAGAUCAACUUGAGUCUGUCAGCUCUGGGUAACGUCAUAUCGGCGCUUGUCGACGGCAAGGGCAAACAUAUUCCGUACCGAGAUUCAAAACUUACACGACUACUGCAAGAUUCCUUGGGUGGUAACACCAAGACGCUCAUGGUGGCAGCAGUAAGUCCGGCAGAUUACAACUACGACGAAACCCUCUCCACUCUACGGUACGCGAAUCGCGCCAAGAACAUCAAGAACAAGCCCAUUGUGAACGAAGACCCGAAAGACGCCAAGCUGCGCGAAUACAAGGAAGAGAUCGAGCGGUUAAGAAAAAUGCUUGAGUCUCAGACACAGACAGGUACCAAUGAGUUGGGUACAUUGAGUAGAAUAGGGACCCCCCUACGUCCGCUCUCGAAUAGUAACAGCGUCGAGCUGGUAAAAGAACGCCAAGAGAUUGCAAAAUACCAACAAGAAGCGGCUGAAAUGCUCGAGAAGGCCAAGAGAAUGAUGGACGAGGCCAAAGCUUUACAGGCUCAGAAUCAAAUGCAGCAACCGGAUCCAGCAAAGGAUCCAGAACUUGUUGUUCAAAAGCAGAAAAGUUCAAGUGUAUUGGGCAAUUUCCCACCUCUCCUGGGUCUUUUCAGUAAGCAAGAAGCUAAGCCCGACCCAGUGGCAACCACAACAUCAACGCUUGCUGUUGAAGACCCAGCUAUUAAACAAGUCAUGCACGAAGCCUCUCAGAUUGAUGCACAAGCGAAGGAGAUGAUGGCAAAAGCUGAAGCCAUGAUGAAAGAAGCUGCUCAACGACAUAUUGCUCAACAGGUUGAGGUUGUAGUUAAAGAAGUGAUCCCAGACUCGCAUGUGAAGGAGCGUGACGAGCUUCGCGAGCUGAAUCAAGCGAUUCUAAACCAGCGAGAUCGAAUCGGCCAAGAGCUCGAACAAACGCAGGUAACGAUGGAGACUUAUCUGCGUGAAAAGGAGAUGCUACACGCCAAGCUAAAGAAGAUCGAGAGCCAUAUCCUCGGUGGCGCAUCAGGGUCGUCGUCCACGCGUGGGGCUGCGAAUGGUCAUGAUGCGGACUCGGAGGUGGCUUUACUGAAGCAGCAAGUGGAGUAUCGUCGAGCACAGAUCAAACUACGCGAGAAGGCCAAGAAGCAAGCCAAAAACGAGGCCAUGCGACGAGCUCUCGAGCUGGAAAAGCAGCAAGUCGAGGAAGAGUUGAAGACAGCACAAGAAGCGGCCCAAGCGAGUUUGGCUGCAGCGCGCAAGAAGGAGGCCAAAUUCAAGGCCAAACUGGACGCCACGCGACAAGAAAUCGCUGAUCUUAACAGCGAGUUUGAACGCGAGCGAGAAAACUUGCUGGACACUAUUCGAGAGCAGACGAAAGAGGCGAAGCUACUGGAACAACUAGUUGAACUUUUCUUACCGCAGAAUGAACUGGUGAAAGUGUGGGAGCGAGCGGUGUGGAGUGAAGAGAGAGAGGAAUGGAACCUGCCAAAGCUGAAACCUCGAAGUGACUUCCACAUGAUCAAACUCCCGACACUUGGAGGCGCUGGGAUUGAGUCUGGCGGGGCAGAGGUGGUGAUAGAAGAGGAGGCAAACGGUCGACAAAGUAGCGCGGGAACUGCAACUGUGCGCUCAUUGGGGUCUUCGUCAAGUACAAAGAGGAGAAAGAGUCGACCAUCCUCACAGAGUGUCGGAGUUAUCAGCCCCUACGAAGAAGGAGUGACAGGUCAAACGCCAGCUACUACAGCUCGACUCCCGAGCGCUGUUCACACCAGUCGACCUGACAGUAAAGCGGCUUUAAUCGCAAGAGGAGUGAGUCCACACAACAGCUCGAAUGGCAGUAAAGAACGUCGGAAACUCAAGGAGAAAGACAGGGGUUCUGGCACUGCUGGAUCAACGCACCAGCGUCAACCUCAAGACCAGGAACCUCAACUCGCUAGUGCGUAUGAAGCUCCAGGAGCAAGUCACUACUUCCCGGGAGAGGAAGAUCUGCUUACUCCUCUAUCAGGAGAAUAUCCUCGCGAUCGAUUGCAGUCUCGUCAAGGUUCUCGACAGGAAUCGCGACAACGCAGUGGGAGCGUCAGUGGGAAUUCCAGAGCAGGCAUGGGGCAGUUAGAGCACACUCCACCGGCCGCUACAGUGGAGAAGACACGGUCUACAAGUCGAGGGGAUAACGGAAGUCGACAAGGAAACCAUCGGCAUCGCAAAGACCGAAAGGAGCGACAAGAAGAUGACAGUGCAGCAGGGAUUGAAUGGGUCGAGACGAAUGAAGCUCCGACCACAAAGAAGAAAAGCAAACACUCCAAGAAGAAGAAGGAGCGUCGCGACAAGGCAGAAAACGGCGACGUAGCAGCAGAUUCAGUCAACGAUCACAAUUCGUCCCAGCGUCGACCUUCGUUUCGAUGUGCAUCCGACCCCCUUUCGACACAAUAA